AUGUCCGCUCAAGGACUGUUAAGUAGUGUUUUCUCCUGCUCGCUAAGCCCCAAAACUAUUUCCAAGCGGAGACUGAGGCAAACCAGGAGCUUGGACUCGGCGCUGAUGCGACAUUAUGAAGCUGAGGAGGGUGACUUUACCUGGAAUGGUGUGUCAGGAUGUCGUGUUGGCCUGAAGCCCGUCCCACUGCAAAGCCUCUCAGAGUUGGAGAGGGUUCGUCUCCAGGACGUGGCCUUUAGGCGUCUGCUUCGGGAUCGUGACCUGGGCUGCCACAUCACCAUUCCUAAAUAUGGCCACAAGCAUAGGAAGUCACUCAUGCGGAAGUUGGAUGCUUUAUCCAAAGAAAAGAGUAAAGACAAAGAGACUACGCCCCAGGCGUUUGGCAUACCACUGUCACAGGUCAUAUCCAACGACCACACACACAAGCAGCGGCACGAUAUCCCGCGGGAGGAGCACAGUGACCCCACUGAAUUGAUGCUAUCCUUCCUCCACCUCACCUCCAACUCCAAGAGGGCCAACAAAGAGCAGCUGUCCAGCAGCAACUCGUCCCUGAGCUCCACUUCUGAGACCCCUAAUGAAACACCUCUGUUCACUACACCAAUCACAGCCCCACGGACACGCAGGAGGGGUGGAGUGUCUGUGGAUUGCAUCACUGACCUUGAUGAAAACCAGUCUUGGCUCUUGGAGGCCCUCCAGCUGUCUCUGCCAGCAGAGGCAGCUGGCAAUAGGAAGAAGCACCACGACAAAAAGCUGAGCCUUAACCCUAUUUACAGACAGGUGCCCAGGGUUGUGGAUCUCUGCUGCCAGUACCUGGAAAAAUAUGGCCUCCGGACAGUUGGAAUUUUCCGCGUUGGUAGUUCAAAGAAGAGAGUACGACAGCUGCGUGAGGAGUUUGAUCAAGGAUGGGAGGUACAUUUGGACGAGGAGCACAGUGUCCACGAUGUAGCUGCUUUGCUAAAAGAAUUCCUCAGAGACAUGCCGGACCCACUGCUGACAAGAGAACUAUACACAGCCUUCAUCAACACAAUGUUGCUGGAUCAUUCAGAACAAGAGCGGGCCAUCCAGCUCCUGAUGUUUUUGCUUCCUCCCUGUAACUGCGACACGCUGCAGCGCCUCCUCUGCUUGUUGUCCACUGUGGCUGCACAUUCUGAGGACAUCCUGGACAAGGAGGGGCAUGAGAUGACAGGAAACAAGAUGACAUCACUAAAUUUAGCCACCAUCUUUGGACCCAACCUCUUACACAAGCAAAAAAACUCUGACAAAGAGUUUGCCGUCCAGAGUUUUGCCCGUGCAGAGGAGAGCACAGCCAUCAUCAGUGUGGUCCAAAGGAUGAUCAAUACAUAUGAUACACUGUUUAUGGUUCCCGCUGACCUGCAGAAUGAGGUGCUGAUGAGUUUGGUAGAAACUGAUCCUGAUGUUGUGGAUUACUUACUGCGGAGGAGGGCCUCUAGAGAUUCAGGCCUUCGCAGACCAGAAAAGUUCUCUCCGACUGAAAGGUGUUUAUCCAAUGACUCCAUCAAAGCAUCCAGUGGAGAGCUGUCUCCCUAUGACAACAACUCCCCUGUUCUGUCAGAUCGACAGCUGUCAACUGCUGACAGUAGUCCUCUCUCAGACGGGAUCACUAGACUUUCGGGGAAAUUCAGAUUCAGUGGCCACUCAAAAGAAGGAUCUGGAAACACCUCUCCCAUACUUCCCACAUAUAAAGAGGGCUCAACUGAUAAUUUGUGGGACACCUGGAAUGAACUGUUCAGCAAGGAUUUUACAGGCCAUCGCAUCACUGGCUCCCUGGGAGACAUGUCAGAUUGUGAGUCGUAUGGAUCAUCAGAUGGGCUGACCAGUCACCAGGGCAACAACAAGGUGCCUGUCAGACCAACACAAACCUCAUUGGGUGUUUUGGAAUGCAGGCCACACCUCCCGGUGACUCGCAGCAGCAGUGGCCCUCAUGACCACAGAGGACAGACACAACCAGAAUCAUCAUUACAUCAAGGACUGAGCAGCCAAUCAGCAGCCCUCAGCUCAGACAACUUAGCACAAAGGACAGGACCACCAGAUAGUCAAUUCCUUAAGGUCAAAAGAGAUAGUUUGUCCUCACUUCACUACUCCAGACCUCUAAGGGAGACUCAUAUUUCUCAUUCUACACCCUCCAUCUUCACGUAUCAGCACGUCCCCAAAACCCCACAACAGUCCCAGCAGAGGAACACCCACAAAACUAAAGAUACUGCAGAUGCCUCUGGAAAAGAAAAGGACUCCAGUAAACCAAACUGGCAGACAGAGAGAUGGCAUAUAUGGCAUAUUCUGUCGAAAGACAAAACAGAUGCCUUGCCAGAAACCUUGGUGUGA